AUGAGCACAUUUGCAACCCACAUCGUUCAAGUCCUCGAAGAUUUCGGAUGCACCAAGGCAUUCGGUGUCUCAGGCGGCUAUGUAUUCCCUCUAUGGCAUUCUUUGGAGUCAUCUGAGAUCCAGGUGUACCAUUGUCGCAGUGAGGGCGGUGCAACAUUUUCAGCGAUGGAGCACUCGUUACACACCAAUACCCCAGCAGCAGUAUUUGUGACAAGUGGCCCGGGGCUCACCAAUGCCCUGACAGCACUCAGGAGUGCCCGUGCUGAUGGAGCAAAGGUCAUUCUUUUGUCCGCGAUCACGACAGAAACAGAGCAGGACCCGACCAAGAUGCAAGAAACGUCACCGUCAUUUGUGAAGGCUGUUACCGGAGAGUCCCCUCAACUCCCGUUCAGUUGCAGCUUCGUCAUGCGUAAUCACCAUGACUUUAAGAAGCUGCGAAAUGAGCUGGAAACUCUUUGCUCGGGCGAAUCAAACACGCUGGGCGUCUUUCUUUCACAGAAGACACAGCUGUCAUUUAUCACAGUGGAUAAGAACCUGUGCCAGAAUAGGAUUGUUUCAUCCCCCAGUGAUCCGAAUCUUCCCCGGUGGAUUCAAAUGAUUCGAUCCAAGCUCCAACGCCGGAAAUUCGUCAUUUGGGCAGGUUAUGGUGCAAAAAGAUCGGCAAACCAUCUCCUUGAGCUAGCCGAAGCCUACGAGACACCGGUCAUGACCACUCCACGAGCGAAGGGUGUGUUUCCAGAAGCACACCCAUUGUCAUGGGGCUGUACUGGAAUCGGCGGCAACAUUGAGGGGGAUCUUCAGGAUGCUGGAAGUGACUGGGGCGUGAUAGUAUUAGGCUCUCGCUUAGAGGACAUGAGUUCGUCAUUCAUUCAACUAGGAUGGAACGAGCGGGAAAUAAUUGCUGUGACGAAUGAGCCACAACGAAUCAGGCGAAAUUUGCCAUCAAACGCCCUGAUCAUCGAAACAGAUAUUGUUGCGCUUCUUUCCGGUCUCGCCGGUGCUGUCAAUGCCCCAAAACUCCCGAAGUUUUCUUUGAAGCCGUACAGCAUUCUUCGGGAAAAGGCUUCUUCGGAUGGGAUUCAUCCAGUAUCAGUCAUGUCUGCGGUUCAAAAAAUCGCCGUGGACAAACACGGCUACUUCGUCAUCGCGGAUAUUGGAAACACGCUCUGCUGGACUACCCGCUAUCUCAAAUUCAACAUGCCCGGGGUCUUUCGUGUCAGCACACACGAUGCCACAAUGACGCAUGCUGCAUGUGGGGCUUUGGGGAUUGGAUCGAACAAUACUCCGGUCAUUGCCAUCGUCGGCGACGGCGCAAUGAUCAUGCAGAAUGAGCUGAGCACGGCGGUUCAGCAUCGACUACCAAUUAUAUGGCUCGUGAUGAAUGACAGUCGGUACAACAUGUGCGAGCAAGGGUUCAAUAUCGAUGGGGCGAAGGUUCCCGAUUGUUCUAUUCCGCUUGUCGAUUUCGCAAAGUAUGGAGCCGCGCUGGGGGCAAGGGGACUGAGUGUGGAAGUUGACGAGGACAUAGAUGAGGCACUCCAUCGCGCUAUCUCGUGGAAGUCUCCAACUGUGAUCGAUGUCAGAAUUGAUGGCAACAUUCCGGCCCCUAUCGGAAGCCGCCUCAAGGCUCUCCCAUCUUAA